UAUUUUUUCUUUAUUGUAGGUUUCAUAUAUACUGGAGAAGUUGUGCAUCGAAUGCUAACAGCUACACAAUAUAUUGCACCCUUAAUGGCAAAUUUUGAUCCCAGUGUAUCAAGAAAUUCAACAGUCAGAUACUUUGAUAAUGGCACAGCACUAGUUGUCCAGUGGGACCAUGUUCAUCUGCAGGAUAAUUACAACCUGGGCAGUUUCACUUUUCAGGCCACCCUUCUCAAUGAUGGGCGUAUCAUUUUCGGCUACAAAGAACUUACUCUGGCUCUUAUCUUUGACUCGGGUUUGAUGUGGGGCAGUAAUUGCACCCUGCUUACCAUCUCCUUCAGAAUAAGAUACAGGGACUGGGAGAAGGUGACCAAAACAAAAGCUGUUGAAAUCUAG